ACAUAGGCGCGUGCCCACAAACACAGAGUCAGGGAGAGAUGGCAAGGAAAGAGACGGUGAGGAACGCAGAGAAGCUGGUGGAGAGAGCCAUGAAAGGGAACGAUGCGUCUCACGACGCGGCGCACGUGUUGAGGGUCAGAGAGCUUGCCCUCUCCCUCGCACGUGAGGAAGGCCUCUUCUCCAACCCUGACUCAAUGGAAAUUGUAGAGCUUGCUGCACUUCUUCAUGAUAUAGGUGACUACAAAUACUUGAGAGAUCCAUCUGAGGAGAAAAUUGUUGAAAAUUUUCUCGAGCAAGAGUGCAUAGAGGAGCACAAGAAGAUGAAGAUUUUACAGAUUGUCAAGGGAAUGGGUUUUAAAGAGGAGGUUUCCGGGCUUGCAAAUGGUGAACUUUUUCCAGAAUUUGGAAUUGUGCAAGAUGCUGAUCGUCUUGAUGCAAUUGGUGCAAUUGGUAUUGCUCGUUGCUUUACUUUUGGUGGAAGUAGGAGCAGGGUGCUACACGAUCCUACGAUUCAGCCUCGAUCAGAUUUAUCCAAGGAACAGUACAUGAAGAAAGAUGAGCAGACUACUGUGAAUCAUUUUCAUGAGAAGCUUCUGAAGCUGAAGGAUUUGAUGAAAACCAAGGCUGGGCAGAAGAGGGCUGAGAAAAGGCACAAGUUCAUGGAGGAGUUUCUAAAGGAGUUCUAUGAAGAGUGGGAUGGGAGAGCUUAAAAGAGAAACCUGUUGUUACUGUCAGCAAUUUGAUCCUUCAAUUUAACACAAUAAUGAAAUGAUUUGAUUUCCUAGUUC